UGUUCAAAUAUCAGAAACUGAUGGGUGUGGCCAUGGAUCUCGACCAUGGGGUGGUGCGAUUGCCGAUCUGCUUUUAGGGUUGCUUGAGAGCCAUUCGGGCACCACUCCGGUGAUUGAAGAGAAUAAGGCGUAGCCUUUGGACUUACCGGAGAUGCGGUUGGUUACUGCCUUGCAAUCCUUGGUGACCGCCUUUGGGUUUUCUCAAACCUAAAAAAAAUAAUCAAAUCCAAAAAUUAUCAAACCAACGGCGAGUAGAUCUGCUUAUCCCUCUUCUGGGUUUUGAUCAUGGAGGCUUCGGUGCUUGAUGGGCAACAUGGAUCAGAGAAAACAAUGGGCAACACAGCAUUUGCCCCUUGUAUGUGUUGUGAAACUCAGAUCAGUGGUGGUGGUUGUGGUUUCCUUCCUCACCAUUCACCGCCAUCAGCCACCAUCAAGGUCUCAUUGCAAGAUUUAGCAGACACCUACCAACCUCCUUUACAGAGUUGUGUAGAGCAGGGGAAAGCUAGUGGAAUAAUGUGUGCCUAUAACUGUGUCAAUGGGGUCCCAGCCUGUGCCGACUUCAAUCUCUUAUCCUUGACUGCUAGAGGAAAAUGGGGUUUCAAUGGCUACAUAGUGUCAGAUUAUGAUGCGGUCAAAAUCAUGUUCGAUGGUCAUGGAUAUACCAAAACACUAGAAGAUGCUGUUGUUGAUUGA